UACCCCUGAGAAAAGUCGAAGAAAAUCCGCUGGAAUGGGAAAAGUAAAGGGGAAGCAUCGGUUGGACAAGUACUACCGGUUAGCCAAGGAACACGGGUACCGAUCUCGAGCCUCGUGGAAGCUGGUCCAGCUCGACUCCAAGUUCUCUUUCCUCCGCUCUGCACAUGCCGUCCUCGACCUCUGCGCCGCCCCCGGUGGGUGGAUGCAGGUUGCCGUUCAGCGCGUUCCCGUCGGCAGCUUGGUCCUCGGAAUCGACUUGGUACCCAUUGCCCCUAUUCGCGGAGCUGAAGCUAUGGUGCAGGACAUCACCAAGCCCGAGUGCAAGGCGAAAGUCCAGCGUGUCAUGGAUGAGCAUGGGGUGAAGGCUUUUGAUCUUGUCCUCCACGAUGGCUCCCCUAAUGUGGGUGGCGCCUGGGCCCAGGAGGCAAUGAGCCAGAACGCCUUAGUUAUCGAUUCCGUCAAGCUUGCUACUCAGUUCCUAGCUCCAAAGGGAACGUUUGUUACUAAGGUUUUUAGGUCACAAGACUACAGUUCUGUUCUUUACUGCCUUAAGCAGUUAUUUGAGAAGGUUGAGGUAGAUAAACCAGCUGCCAGUCGUUCAGCGUCUGCAGAAAUAUAUGUUUUGGGUUUAAAAUACAAGGCCCCUGCAAAAAUUGAUCCACGUCUUCUCGAUGUUAAGCAUCUUUUCCAAGGAUCUGUAGAACCACAGAAGAAGGUGGUGGAUGUGCUAAGAGGUACUAAGCAAAAGAGGCACCGUGAUGGUUAUGAGGAUGGUGCCACAAUUUUGAGGAAAGCGACUUCAGCUGCUGAUUUCAUUUGGUCUGAUGCACCACUGGAGAUCCUUGGUUCAGUUACUUCCAUAAGCUUUGACGAUCCAGCUUCUUUACUUAUUAAGGAUCAUAGUCUGACCACAGACGAGGUUAAGGCUCUUUGUGAUGAUCUACGUGUUUUGGCGAAGCAAGACUUCAAAUACAUCUUGAAGUGGCGGAUGCAGAUUAGGAAGGCCCUGUCUCCUUCCCAGAAGUCUACUUCUACUGCUACUGCAAAUCUUGAAACUGAGAUCAAGGAGGAUGAAGAUGUUAGAUUGCUUAACGAAAUGGAAGAGUUAACCUAUGCAAUGGAACGCAAGAAAAAACAGGCAAAAAUGCUUCUUGCAAAAAGACGAGCCAAGGAUAAGGCACGAAAAGCAACGGGGGUACAAAUAGAUGCACUGGAAGAUGGUUAUGUUGACCAUGAGUUGUUUUCCCUAUCGUCCAUCAAGGGGAAGAAAGAUCUGGUUGCUGUUGAUAAUGAUGAGUUUCCUGGUGAGAUGGAUGACGUGAAGGAUAGUGACGAUGAAGAAAACAGGGAGGAACGUCCCAAGGAUUCUUCUAGUGAUAUAGACUCUGAUGUAGAACGCAGAAGGUAUGAUGAACAAAUGGAAAAUAUUCUUGACGAGGCUUAUGAAAGAUUUGUUGCCAAAAAGGAGGGAAGUACAAAGCAG